AUGCGCGAGGAAGAACUGGAGGUGGCGCUCAAGGUGGUCAUCGUCGGUGACGGCGGCGUGGGCAAGAGCAGCAUGAUACAGAGGUACUGCCGCGGCACUUUCACCAGGGACUACAAGAAGACCAUCGGCGUGGACUUCCUGGAGCGCCAGAUAGAGAUCGAUGGCGAGGAGGUGCGUCUGAUGCUGUGGGACACGGCGGGGCAGGAGGAGUUCGACGCCAUCACCAAGGCGUACUAUCGCGGCGCGCACGCAUGCGUGCUGGCCUUCUCCACCACCGACAGGGAUUCGUUUCUGGCCUUGCACUCCUGGAAGCUUAAGGUAGAAAAUGAAUGCGGGGAAAUUCCAACCAUAAUAGUUCAAAAUAAAAUAGACUUGAUGGACCAAUGCGUCGUCGGACCAGACGAAGCGGAACUGGUGGCGCGCGCCCUGGGCUGCAGACUGAUGCGGGCGUCCGUGAAGGAGGACGUGAACGUGGGCGCCGUGUUCCGAGCGCUGGCGGCGCGCUGCCUCGCGGACAUGCGCAGGGAGGACGCCGCAGACACCCCGCCCUGCGCGCCGCCCGUCAUAGGGUCGUUCACCAACCAAACCAGCAACGGCACGAUCCUGCUGCGGCCCGCGAAGCACCGGCCCGGCGGGAAGAAGAAGAAUGUUCUCCGCAACGCGUGUAGGAUACUGUGAUCACGUGUAACUUCUCAUGACAUUAAAUUAUGCUUCACCCACGUGGUCGCAGAAGGUGCCCGGAUAACGAGGGAAUUUAGAAUUUACUCUGCAAUUUAUAUGGACAUUUUUUGUGAAGGAUAAAGAUCACUUGUAUGUAUAUCUGUAACGUGUACAUAACUUAUGUGUUUAGUAUUCUACUUUGGCCAUUGGGUUUUGUCAGUGCCUUGCCAUGACAUUGGCGAGACCGAUGGGAUACGGACAUCCUUUGACUCAUUAUUCAGGCAAUAUUACUGCUGUCUACAAGCAAUGUCACUUGAGAAAAGAUGUCUUGUGAUGUACAACUUGUUCAGUGUACAGUCGACCGCAUAUCAAGUUACCAUGCAUGGAUUUUUAUGCGACGACUUUGCAAUGAAUUUGGGUAGCUUGGAGUGCUGUUGACUGUGACAGCUACUAAAACGAAAUAAUGCAUGUAUAUUACCGCACAAUUAUAUGCUCAAGAUAAGUAUACUAAGUGUACAUAUUGUUAUGUGUAGCCAUGUAAAAACUUGCAAAGUGCAAUGAUCUAGUUGUAAUUAAGGUAUACUGUAUACUGAAAAGGAUUGUGUGUCUAAAUAUAUUUUGUGGACAACCAGCUCACUCUAGAAUAAGGCUUUAUAAAAUAGUCUUUUAAUAUAUAUAUAUAAAAAAGUAUUUGCGUACUCCGUUUCUUUAAACACGCUUUAAAAUCAAAAUCUUUGCAAUGUAAAUUUAUAAAUAACACAAUUUGUACUUAAUGGGAUAAUAUUUUGAUUAUAGGCAAAACGUUUUCAAUAAAACACAUCUAAAGACCAAGUGCAAACGGGGUACAGAGUGAGAAGAAUGGUAGACAUAAAUAUAUAGAUAAUACUGGAUCCAGCACUACUUUUUAUGCAAAGUACAAUUGCUAUCUCAUUCACUUGUAGCCCCAUCCUCUCCUUGCGCAGGGAAAGGUAAACAGUAAACUAUACGAUGAGUAUACGUUAUACCUGCCUUUGUAUACAUACACCUCGCAAUACACAAGAGAAGUGACUUCAGGUGAACGAGAUAGCAAUAAAUACCUUGCAUCAGAAAGUUUUUAGUAGUGCUGGCUCCAAUAUUGCCUAUAGCUUCAUGUGAACAACGACCACUCCUUGUAUAUCAACGUAUCAACAUGUUUACACAAAAAACAGAUAUGAGUCGGUGUACUUUAUUAUGUCUGCCUAAAAUAUAGUGUAAUCCGCUCAAUUCGUAUUAUCUUUUCUAAAAUAACAAGCUGAGGCGUGUCGUCAUUCAGAAGGGCAUUAUUUAAAAUAUAAUUUAUAAAACACAUGCAAUUAACUGUUGAGCAAUACAGAAUGUGCAUUUCUCAAAAGAAAAAGGGGCACUUCUCAUUCUCAUAUUGUGCACUUCUCAAAAUGAACACUUCGCAAAAUGUGCACUUUUCUACAAUAUAACUCUCAAGUUUUGAGACAGCCUCGCUCGGGCCGAGAGAGCCACGACUCGUCCAUUCGCCUCCAGUCUAUACAAAGCUAUUGGUUUAAAUAUUGCUUUCAAAUGAUAUUACUUUUGUUUACUUAACUGCCCUCUCUUUAAUACAAGUCGUUAUAUGCCGGAACAACAAAAACUAAAGAGAACGAGCGUAGCGUAGCCAAAUGAGACAAAACACUCUUGAAUUUCCAUACAACUUCCCUACCUCGUACAAAGCGGCAAGGUGGGGUUGUGAAACCCGGCCUUUCCUUCUCCUGUAUUUUUAAAACACUCUUUGUAUGAUCAAAACGAAACAUAAGACGAAGUCUAUAGUUUUCUAUGUCUAUAUUAUUUACCAAGUUGGCAGUUGGCAACUUCAAUAGUUAGAUCAGGAAAGUCAACUUUCUAAAUUUCUAUUUCUAUGUACAUUGUACAAAGUUAUCAUCAUACUACUAGGAAAUAAUGUCAACCGCAUCUCAAGUUAUUGCUCAGAACUAUGCGAAAGCAACAGCGGCGAAUUUAUAAUUAUUUUGAAUAGCUUGAUGUGCUGUUGACAGUACUAUUUGGUGUCUACAACAUUAUUUUUUUAUCCAUGCGUAUAUUAGUCAUUUUUUAUUUAUAAGUAGGUAUAUGAAAUAUCAUAACAACGAUGAUAAAUACCUGUGUACCUUAGUUAAUGAUAAAUCAAUAAAUUAUUUUCUUGUGAUACAA